AUGCUGCAGCAACUUGCCGUCCUCGUCUCAGCGUUGGGCCUUUGCCAUGCGACGACGCAGAUUGUCACCGGGGCCUCUCUCUUCGUUGGAGACUCGUCGCCUAUCGUGAACACUUCGUACGCCCGGUUCCAAGGCAAGAACGAUAAUAGAACCGGCACCUCCAACUAUCUAGGCAUUCCCUAUGCCACAGCCGCACGGUUCAGCCAUUCAGUCCUGGCCGACACUGCCGUGUCCGGCGUGCAGAAUGUCUCAGCCUACGGCGUCGUCUGCCCACAGCAUGAGCUCCCGUCGUCCAUCGACCCGUCCGUGCUGCCGCUGGGAAGCCUGUCUGGCGUGCUUGUCGCUGCGCUGUCGCAGUCCACUCUCGAGCAAGGAGAGGACUGCCUCUCGGUCAACAUCCACGUGCCGCAGAACACCAGCAGCACCGCCGGCCUGCCCGUGCUGGUGUGGAUCCACGGCGGCGGUUUUGAGGCCGGCGCGGGCGGCUCGCUGCUGGAGACCGGCGUCGAAAGCCCGGGCGUCGUUUACGAGGCCGCCAACAUUGUCGAGCGCAGCGUAGCCAUGGGCCAGCCCGUCGUCGUUGUCUCAAUCAAUUACCGGUUGAACCACUUCGGCUUCAGCGCCUCCAAGGAGCUGGCCGACGCCGGGCUGCUGAACCUGGGCUUUGGCGACCAGCGCAACGCACUGCGCUGGAUCAAGAAGCAUAUCGGGCCGUUCGGCGGCGACGCUGACAAGGUGACAAUCUGGGGCGAGAGCGCCGGCAGCUGGUCGGUGGCCGCGCAUCUCGUCGCCAACGGUGGCGACCACGAGGGCCUCUUCAGGGCGGCCAUCGGCAGCUCAGGCGGACCGCUGAAGGUUGAGGGUCCUGCGAGGCAGCAGGCCACCUUCGAUUCCCUUGUCAGCUACGUCGGCUGCAACGACGCCGCGGACGUCAUCGCCUGCCUGCGGGACGCCGCGUACGAUGAUGUCUACACGCACAUGCAGACGGUGCCGUAUUUCCUCGGCUACAACAGCCUGGCCUCGUCGUGGACCAUUCGCCCGGAUGGCGACGUUUUCACCGACAGCCCCGACAAACUCGUCGCUUCCGGGGCCAUUGCCGACGUUCCUCUUCUUUGGGGCGACAUGCGGGACGAGGGCACCCUCUUCUCCUUGGUCAAUGCCGCAAACACCACCACCGACGACGAGGUGCUGGACUACUUCCUGACCAACUGGUGGCCCAACGCUACCGAGGCCCAGCUCGAGAAGCUCCUGACGCUGUACCCGGCCGACCAGACGGCCGGCUCGCCGUUCGGCACGGGCGACAGCAACGCGCUGUACCCGCAAUUCAAGCGCAUCUCGGCCAUCACCGGCGACUACAGCUUCGAGAGCCAGCGGCGGCAGCUGCUGGCGGCCGCGCCGGGCAGCAAGUGGAACUACCUGGCCGAACAGGCGCUGCCCGCGGCGGUGCUGGAUGGCACAGCGACGCUGGGAGAGGUCACGGCGGCCGACUACGCCGAUGUCGGCACGCUGGAGGCGGUGCCGUUCCUGGGGAGCUUCCAUGCGAGCGAUGUGGUGCUCAACUUCUUUGGCGCGCUGCCAUCCAACAACUCGCGGCGAAUGAUGGGCGCGCUGAUUGCCUUCGUCAACCGCCUCGAUCCCAACGCGCACGACAUGGAAGACGUGCCCGCCUGGCCACAGUACGACUCGGCCAGCCGGUCGACGAUGCUGUGGCGUGAGAGCGGUGCCGAGAUCGUGGCUGAUGAUUAUCGCGAGGAGGCCAUCGCGUACCUGAACGAAAUCGGGGAUUCCUUGCGUAUCUAG